CAUCUGCAAGUUCGGGCGCUCAAACAGCACCUGGAGAGAUUCUGUGGGUUUCCACGAUUCCGACAAAGGCUCGUGCAUGAAGACGGCACUCUGUUAGAUGAUCAGGACAUGUUGAGACCCAGUGAGGUUCAACUGGUACUUCUGAGCUUCUGCCUAACAUCCGCGUCCCGGGCUGCUGAGCUCGUGGAAGCGGCAAGAACAGGCAUGACUGCGACGGUGGAGCAGUUGCUGCACCGCCCGCAAGACCCAAAUUUAGGCAAUCCGGCCCCUCUGCUGUUUGCUGCUGACAACGGACACAUAGAAGCUGCUCGCCUCUUGCUGGAAGCCAGUGCCGAUGCGAAUAUUUCCGAAAACACUGUGUUCAAUGAUGCCACCCCCCUGAUACUCGCUUGCCAGAACGGCCACUUUCAGGUAGCGCGCCUGUUGCUGAGGGCAAAGGCCGACGUAGAUAAGGCCGAUCUCGAUGAUGUGACGCCGCUGCAUCUCGCAUGUCACUAUGGCCACUUGCAGGUUGCACAACUCUUGCUUGAGGCCAAGGCUGUCGUGGACAAAUCCAGUCAGCCUGAUUCCGCCACCCCGUUGAUGUUGGCUUGUCGUAGAG